UGAAUCAGCAACAGUCCAGUAUUUAAACUCUGCCUAACUAAAGGAGCACAUAGCUCGAAGCCAACCGAAGCUGUUUAAAGACAUCAGAAACAAUCAAUAUCUCAGGAUGGCGAAUGACAUGUAUGUCUCUAGACUGAAUUUGAAAAUCGCUGAGAUUAAGCUGGGACAAGUGAUAACAAUUGAUGGCAUUCCUAUGAAUGAAACAGAACGCAUCACCUUUAAUCUUGGAAAAUCUGAAGAAGAGCAUGCUCUUCAUUUUGACAUUCGCUUCACCUAUCUCGAGAUGAAAACUGUCGUAAUGAACUCACUGGUAGAUGGCCAGUUUGGUGAAGAGGUGAAAACCAAGGACUUCCCCUUCGAAUAUGGCAAGCUGACCAAGAUUGCUGUCCAUUACUAUCAAGACAGAUUUCAGAUUAAAGUUCCUGAUGGAAAAGUUUAUGACUUUCCAAACCGCUGUCCCGACUGGAAACUAUCAUUCCUGGAGGUGAUAGGAGGGUUCAAGAUCAUUUCUUUUAGCAUCCAAUAAGUUGUAAUCUGCAGAAAUGUGAUCAUCUAAACUCGAUAUGCAAAACACCUCAACUUUAGAUCCUAUAAUCAGAAUUAGCAUUAUAUUGACAUGUGAUUCCUGGGUGAAUGUUUAGUAAAUUAAUUGCAUUGUUUAGCCUUCUGUGCUUCAUUAGACACUAUACUGGCUCAUUAGGACAUGGAAAAACCUUGAUAUGUUUAACUUAUGUUAAGAUCACAAGAUAUAAUCUCAGUCUCACAAGAUCAAUUAUCUGAAGACAUUUCAAACUCUUAUGUUGAGAUCAGAAAUAUGGAAGCAUUUAAAAAAACUGUUUAAUAUGAUAUUGAGACUACAGUCAGACGUGUUAUUGUCAACCCACUGUAUGAGUAGCUUUUAACCCAUUGUUUUGCAAUUCUUUUAUUUUUUUUAAUCUAAACAAAUAUACAAAUUAUUAUUUCUGUGCUUAUCUAGUCACACAUUAUCAAAAUUAAUGGCUUUGUUUAAUAAACUUAUAUAUCGGAAA